GACAGGAUGGCGGCGGCCGCCGGUGGGGAGGGUGGCGGCGCAGCGGAGAGCCCUGCGGGGCAGGAUGGCGGCCGGGAGGCGGCGGAGCGGCCCGCGGGGGGCGGCAGCGCGGCGGCGGUGCUGCCUGGCUUCCACGAUGCUGACGCCUUCGUCAAGUAUGCUCUUGGCACAGUGGUAGCUGCAACAAAGGCAUCCAAUGGGAUUCCUCAGCCUGGGGAUGAAUACGACUUCUACCGAAGCUUCCCUGGCUUCCGGGCGUACUGCGAAACUCAGGGCGACCACCUCCUGCACUGCAUGAGCAAGGUGAUGCAGUACCACGGCUGUCGCAGCCACCUGAAAGACCACAGCAAGGUGACAGAGCUGGAAGAUAAAUUUGAUAUUCUGGUUGACUCCAAUGAUGUCAUUCUUGAAAGAGUGGGUAUUUUAUUGGAUGAAGCAGCAGGAGUGAACAAAAAUCAGCAACCAAUCCUCCCUGCUGGGUUACAGCCCCCACAGACCAUCAUUUCCAGCUGGAACCGCAAGGCAGGAGAUUCCCAGAAGAGAACUCAGCCUGAAACCUUCCGACUCCUUCACGCCAAGAACAUCUCCCGGCCACAGCUUAAGUUUCGGGAGAAGAUUGACAAUUCCAACACUCCCUUUGUACCUAAACUUUUUAUCAAGCCAAAUGCUUUGAAACCUUUGCCUCAAGCCCUCACAAAAAGUGGACGAGAACGAAAGGAGCGCCCUGAGGACUUGGAUGUGCCAGCUGCUUUGGCAGACUUCAUACACCAGCAGAGGACGCAGCAAACUGAGCAAGACAUGUUUGCUCACCCUUACCAGUACGAACUGGAGCAUUUUUCUCCACCAGAUGGAGUCCUCAAGAAACCAGAACCCCAGAUGUACAGGCCUGUGGAGGAAACACCCUGUCAUUUUGUCACCACACUGGAUGAACUGGUAGAGCUAAAUGAAAAGCUUAUGAACUGCAAAGAGUUUGCACUGGACUUGGAGCACCAUUCCUACAGGAGCUUCCUGGGCUUGACAUGCCUGAUGCAGAUUUCCACCCGGACAGAAGACUUCAUCAUCGACACUCUGGAACUGCGCAGCGAGAUGAACAUUCUCAACGAGACCUUCACAGACCCUGCAAUUGUGAAGGUCCUUCAUGGUGCUGAUUCGGAUGUGGAGUGGCUGCAAAAAGACUUUGGUCUGUACUUGGUGAACAUGUUUGAUACUCACCAAGCCGCUCGUCUCCUCAAUCUUGGCAGGCAUUCCUUGGAGCACCUCCUAAAGCUGUAUUGCAAUAUUGAUGCUGACAAGCAGUACCAGCUGGCUGACUGGAGGAUACGCCCUCUGCCAGCCGAGAUGAUUUGCUACGCCCGAGACGACACCCACUACUUGCUCUACAUCUAUGAUAAAGUGAGAGAGGCACUGUGGGAGAGAGGCAAUGAGCAGCCCACGCAGCUGCAGGUGGUGUGGCAGCGCAGCAGGGACAUCUGCCUGAAGAAAUACAUCAAGCCCCUCUUUUCAGAUGAAUCCUACCUUGAGCUGUACAGGAGGCAGAAAAAACAUCUUAAUACACAGCAGCUAGCAGCAUUUAGGUUGCUAUUUGCAUGGAGAGACAAGAUGGCACGUCAAGAGGACGAGAGCACAGGGUAUGUGCUGCCAAAUCACAUGCUACUGAAGAUAGCAGAGGAGCUACCCAAAGAACCCCAGGGCAUCAUUGCCUGCUGUAAUCCUAUCCCACCACUGGUUCGCCAGCAGAUUAAUGAAUUGCAUCUCCUCAUUCAGCAGGCCCGGGAGAUGCCUCUUCUCAAGUCAGAGAUUGCUUCAGGAGUCAGGAAGAAGGCACCUCUAACCAGCCCUGAGAAGCUAGAGAACACCUUCUUUGGACCACACGACAGCUCCCGGGUUCCUGUGAAUGACUCCCAGAGCAGCUCCAACUUGGAGCCUGCACCAGUUCUGGAACAUGGUUGUCUCUUCUCAGACAGUGAGAGAACAGUGGAUGUUCAGCCAGAGUCCACAUGUCUUGUUGCUACCACCACUGUCAGCAUAUUCAGUGAAUGUGAUGAAGAUGAAGGAAAUGAGAAGCCUUUAACCACUGCCCAGCAGAAAGCUCAGCGUAUAAUGGAGUCCUUUGAAAAUCCCUUCAGAAUGUACCUGCCCUUGGAACAGAAUCCUGCCUACAUCUCACAGUCUGCAAAGUUUGACCCAUCAUCAAAAAUUUAUGAAAUCAGCAAUCGAUGGAAGUUGAUGAGUCAGACACAGCUACAGAAGGAGUCCAAGGAUGAAACCAAGAAGAAAGCAGCCCAGCAGUCAGCUGCUCGUGACCAGGCACAGAAGGUGUAUGAAGAGGCAACAGAAAACAUUGUGUCUGUUCGUCAGCAAGCUAUGCAGGAACAAGCUAAUAAGAAGAGAGAAAGAGUCAUGAGCGAAACAGGGACAGAGUUGCCAAGACAAGAGAAGAAGCGGCCAAAAGCCUCCCAGCAACCAGAGGAGCUAGAAGCACCGAAGCAGUUCACCCCUUUUGAUUACAGCAAGUCCAGCUUCAAAGUGUUUGCAGGAAGCAGCAAAUCGAAGCAGUCUUCACAAUUCGAUCCUGCCAGGCAAGCUCACAAAGGCAAGAAAUUCGCUGGAGCUGGAGCAAACAAACUUCAGCAGUCUGGAAACAGAAGCAUGUCUUACCUGGCAGGGAAAGCUGAUCGGGGUUCUAAGCACCACUGGCCAAAGAGAUAGUCCCUGUUGCAGGAGCUGUGGGAGUUGCUGGACAGAACCAUAGAAGUAUUGUCACCAUAGGAAAACAAAACAUUGGUCAUUGAGCAGUUUUUGUACAGAAACUUUUUUUUUAAGCCAUUAAAAUCCUUUUAUUUCAAAAGGGAAAA